CUAGAGAUAUAAUUUUUUAUUUGCAUACAAAUACUUACUCCAGCUUGACCAUGUUUCAUAAGAAUCCAGUUGCAGUCGAGCUGUUGGUCUGCUUGAAGAAGGACAUAAUACCCUCUUCGACCCAUUAUACUCCAAAGGAACAUCCAUCAAGCUUUGUUCAUCAUCAUGUGUCAUUAGACCUGAAAGAAAUUCAGCAUGAUUUUUUUGGAAUAUCUAGAAUCCAGAGGGUGCAUUGAGUGGUGCUUGGAUACUAGGCUCUCAUAUAAUAACUGGAGAAUUGUCAUCAGCAGAUGAAGAAGUUUUGCUGGAUAUACCUCAAGGUACCUUGAAAGGUCUUAAAAGAAAUACCAUCUUUCAUGAGAUACCAGUAUAUAGCUUCAAAGGCAUUCCUUACGCUAAACCUAAUAUUGGAGCUAAUAAAUUCCAGAUUUCACAACCAGCAGAAGGUUGGACUGGAGUUCGUGAUGCUACGAAACACGGAAAUAGUUGCAUCUUCUUUUGUAUGAUACGUCAAAGUGUAUCUGGUGAUGAUGAUUGUUUGUUCCUUAAUGUCUACACUCCUGACUUAAAUAAAGAUGCUAAAAGAGCUGUGAUGGUGUUCAUCCAUGGAGGUGGAUUCAAUGGUGGUUCUGGUGAUGAAGAUUUUUGGGGACCAGAUUUCUUGGUAGAAAAAGAUGUCGUUUUAGUCACGAUGAAUUAUCGGCUUGGAGCUUUAGGUUUUCUUAAUACUGGAGAUGCUAAUGCACCUGGCAAUGCAGGCAUGAAAGAUCAAGUCUUGGCUUUGAAAUGGGUGAGAGAUAACAUUGUUAACUUUGGAGGCUGUCCAAAGAGAGUAACUAUUUUCGGACAAAGCUCUGGAGCUGCUUCUGUUCAGUAUCACAUGCUAUCUCCCAUGUCUCAAGGUCUUUUCAAACAUGCAAUUAUGCAAAGUGGCUCGGUAGCUGCUUCUUGGGCUAUUUCCUACACUCCUAAACAAGAUGCCAUGAAUCUUGCUGACAAGUUAGGAAUUAAAGCAUCGUCGACAGAAGAGUUAGUUCAAAAGUUAGCAGAAAUUCCUACAACAGACAUAGUUCUUGCUGCUGGUGAACUUUCUAAAUCAAUGACUUUCUUAAAUGGUGAAAUGCAUCUCUUCAGACCAUCUGUUGAAACAGCUGUAGGGCAAGAAGUCUUCCUCCCAGCUGAUCCUUGGGAAUUGCUUAAGAAUGGAAAAAUUGCUGAUGUUCCUGUAAUAGUUGGUCUUACUUCAGAAGACUCUGGGCUCUUUACACCUAUGGUUCUACCAAUGGCUUCACAGUUCAAUGAUCACUUUGAUCUUUUUAUUCCAAUUGACCUGAAUGAAACUGAUCCAGCCCGGCGAAGUAUGAUUGGUGACAUGCUGAAAAAGUUCUAUUUCAAUAAUCAACCUGUCAGUGAUUCUAAUGCUGCGGAACUGACCAAUUUAUUAACGGACGUUUUAUUUGGAUAUGGUACUCAGUUGACUAGUAGAAUAAUGAGUUCAAGAAAUUCUGCUCCAGUGUAUGAAUAUUAUUUUACCUAUAAUGCACCUUUUGGGUUUAUGAAGUCAUUAUUUAAAUUGGAAGAUGGAGCAAUGCAUGGUGAUGAACUGGCCUAUGAAUUUUAUGCAGAUUAUUGGAAGAAUAAACCUGCUGCAGGAUCAACAACAGAAAAAUUAAUAAAUGAAGUCGUAGAAAUGUUUACUAAUUUUGCUAAAGAAGGAAAUCCUUCAAUCACUAUGGAAUCAGCUAAAGUGAAAUGGGAACCAAUGGGUAUUGAUAAUAAGUAUCUGGAAAUAGGUAAUGAACUUGCAUUAAAGAAAUCAUUGUUGCCAGAACGAACUAAUUUAUGGGCUGGAAUUUACAAGGAUGUAUUGAGUGGUUAUGCAAAUCUUUUCAAUUGAUUUGUGUUCUACUAUUUUGAUGGUUUGAUCUUUUUCACAUUAUUACAAUUUAAUUUACUUCAAUCGAUAUUAGGAUAGUUUAUCAUAGAAUAGGUAUGCUGACCAAAAAAUAAAAAAUUCUGCUUCAAUCAUAUUUUUACAAGUUUUCACAAAGUUUUUGCAUAGUGUGAUACAUAAAAAUUGAAGUUAAUUUUCUUUGGUUGAUGAUAAAAUGUUGAUGAUGAUUCAGAGUUUUCUUAAUCAUGAAAAGUUAAGAAUAUACUUCAAUAUGCUGUCAUAAUUAAAAUGACAUGCAUUUAUCAUUAACGAAUAUAAAGCACUUUUUAUCAAUAUUGAUCUAAGAAAAUGAUCAAAUUUAUCUGAAUAUUCUUUAACGUAUAAUUUGAUCUUGUUGAUACGUUGAUACUUUAUUUUUACCUUAAUAGUUCAUUAUCAAGCCUCAGGCAACUUUUAAAGACAUGAUUCAGCAAAAAAAUGGUUUGAAAUGCAAAAAAUCUCUUUGAGUCUGGCUGUAUAAUCAAGAUAAAAUACAAUGUACAAAAACAAGCUGUUAUACGAGCACAGAUAGGAUCUUAUAAUGAAUUUCCUAUGUUAAUUAUGAAUAAAUAUGUUUUUAGAAUAUAUACA